UCUUGUUUAUUUCAGACUACACAUUAUUACUAUAUUUUUUUUUGAAUUAUGUUGAACAUAUUACCCCCAAAGAAAGGUAUUGGAUUUAAGGAAAGUGGCUGCAGUGGAGACAGAAGCUGUUGUCCGAUGAGAAAUGACAACGGGGAGGAAGACAAAGGAGAGGCCAGACGUAAAAGGCGGCAACUUGUAUGGGGGCGGAGACGGCGGCGCGCGAGGUGGUGCCCAACCAGCCUACCACCCCCAUGCGGCCCAACACUUGCCUCCCUCUCUCUGAUACCACCCCUUCGUCUUUUCCGGACACGUGCUCAGAUUCCCCCUCCCAUCCCCAUCUUCCCAUACAAAGAAUACCCGUCAGGGCCGACCUCAACCUCUCCCACAUGACGGCGCAACCCAAAACUGAUUUCUCUCCCGCAUGGCAAUGUCAAUGCUACCGGUUGGGCGGCGACGGACAUCCCAAUGUUGGUGAUCGAUGGGUCAUGCGUGGCGGUAAAUAGAACUUGAAGCCGCCGAAAGGAGGGGGAGGAGGGGGGGCGGGGGAGAGCCGCCGGGGAGGCGGCGGCGUCGGCGG